UGUGUCAACAAAUGAUGUUUUGUUUGUAUGUGUGUUGUCAUCACUGAUACAAUUGUCCAUCAAUUGAUCCAAACAGUGAUAUUAUCUGUGACUUCAAUUUGGUUACCAAUUGAUUAUAAGCACUGAUAUUAUAUUUACUUUAAGACGUUUACUAUAAUUGAAAUUACUAUUAAUUGUCGGAAAAUAUAUCCAAAUAAGUGGUAAAUAAUCGCAUAAAACACGUGGCAUUCAUUGAAUCAAUUAGUUUAAGACAUGAGUGGUAAAUCUGGUCCCAAUUUAACUCAAUUGUUCAUCGAUUUGCAUCGAUUGGAUCAGUCAGGCGAAUAUGAAAAGGCCAUUAAAGUGACCGAUAAGAUUUUAAAUGAAGAAAAGGACAAUCAGAAGGCCAUCGAGUGUCGAAUUGUCUGUCAAAUCCAAUUGGGUUUGUUUGAAGAGGCCAUCAAACAAAUCAAUGAUUGUCCCAACAAUAACUCAGACGAUUUAAUGUAUCAAAAGGCUUAUUGCGAAUAUCGUCUCAAUAAUGUUGAAGAAGCCAUCAAUACAUUAGAUUUAAUUAAAGAACAAGACUUUCACGUUAAGGAAUUGAGAGCACAGGCAUUAUAUCGUUUGGAGAGAUUUAAAGAGUGUUACGAUUUUUAUGUGGAUUUGAUUAAGAAUUCUGACGAUGACUAUGAAGAUGAGAGACAAACAAAUUUGGCUGCAGUUGUCGGUAGUCUUAGUAUUAACGGUGACAGCAAUUGGACAAAAAGCAAACCCGAUAUCGAAGAAGUGACUUAUGAACUCUGCUAUAACAAGGCGUGCUUUCUAUUGGGUGCUCAACGCUAUGAGGAAGCGCUUCAAAUGCUUAAUACUGCUGAAGAUAUGUGUCGAAAGACAUUGGAAGAAGAAGGUGCCACUGAAGAAGAAAUUGAUUCAGAAUUGGCUAUAAUUAGGGCUCAAAUAGCGUUUUGCUAUCAAAUGCAGAAAAAGGAGGAAACGGCUCUUCGGAUGUAUAAUCAAAUUCUCAAGAAGAAACCCGACGACGUCGCUCUGUUAGCCGUUGUAUCAAAUAAUGUCGUUUCCAUAAAUAAAGACCAGAAUGUGUUUGACUCGCGAAAGAAAAUGAAAUCAGCGUUAAGUGAUUUAAUUGAAUCAAAAUUAAGUCAUAUCCAGAAACAAACCAUUGUUUUUAAUAAUUGCCUUUUACUUCUUCAUACAAACCAAAAUGAUUUACUUCGCAAUCAAUUAAAAGAAAUUAAAACAAAAUAUCCUCAACAGACCUCCAAAGCUCUUCUGUUAGAAGCAGCUCUUCUUUGUAAAGAAAAGAAAGUAAGCGAUGCCAUCAAAUUUCUUAAACAAUCAAUCAGUGAUAAGCCAGGUCUGUAUCUUGAAGUGUCAUUGAUUUUGACACAACUUUAUAUUAAAAAUGGAGACAUUGCUGACGCGUGUAAAGUGUUGAACUUAUUGGGAGAUUUAACAUAUAAACCGGCAAUAAUUUCCACAUUAAUUACAUUAUAUCUUCAUUUGGAUGACAAAAAAUCGGCGACAAAUCUUUUGACAAAUGCUGUCAAUUGGUUCGAAAAGAAUAUGCCUCAAAGUUCAGAGUUAUUUUCGUUAUAUCGAGAAAACGCCCGAUUCUUGUUAGAGACAAAUCAACCGAAAGCAGCGGUCGAUCUUUUGGAACGUUUGCGUAAAAAUAAUCCAAAAAGUCCUAAAAUAGUGUCACUUUUGAUAAGUGCGUACUCAAGAUUUGAUCCCAAGAAAGCUAAUGAAAUAAGCAAAGAUCUGCCACCAAUUGAGAGUAUUGUUGAGGAAAUCGAUGUACAACUGUUAGAGACUAGCAAUUGGUCUUUGGGUGUUAAAUAUGUCAAGAAGAUGACUAAAACAGAGACACCGAAUGCUAAUCAACAAUCAAAGACCGAGAAAAAGAAGAAAAAGAAAAAGAAGAUCAAACUUCCCAAGAAUUACGAUCCAAAAGUAGAACCCGAUCCCGAAAGAUGGCUUCCAAGAUAUGAGAGAUCAACAUAUAAGAAGAAGAAAGACAAACGCGGACAAUACGCUAUAGGAAAGGGAACUCAAGGAGCAGUUGGAGGAGUAGUUGAAACUAAAGCAACGACACCGAAAACUUCAUCGACAACUGUUAGCUCACCUCAAGGUCCGAGACAACAGAGACCGACACAAAAGAAAAAGAAAACCACAAAAAAGAAAUAAAUAAAUUUUAUAUAUUUUUAUUUAAUAUAUACGAUCCAUGUAUUGAUUUUUUAAUAAAUAAAAUAACAUUAAAAUUUGACAUUUACAAUUUA